UUGUGAGAAAUAUGGAGCUCAGUAAAAGUGCCUUCGUUCUACUUGUGGUUUUUGGAUUGUCCGUAGGAAUAUACGGCGAGAAGGCUCGUUUCGAUAACUACCGGGUGUAUCGUAUUCACAUCGAAAAUGAACAUCAGAUAAAAGUGUUACAAGCCAUCGGAAAUCUACGUGGAGGUUACAGCUUCUGGGAUGAUCCGAUAAAAGUUGAUAGUGAUGUUGACUUGGUAGUUCCUCCUCAUAAGUUUGGUGAGUUCGGUGAAAUCGUUGAAAAUCAUGGAAUUGCGGCCAAUUUGAGUGUUCCGGAUCUUCAGAGGUUGUUGGACGCGGAACGACCGGUCACUCGAAAAGCAGGAGUUCAUUGGACUGCUUACAACACUCUGGAAGAAAUCUACGACUGGAUGGACCAACUGUUAAAGGUUCACUCAGAUUUCCUGACACCGAUUGUGGCCGGUCACUCCUACGAAAAUUGUCCCAUACGAGGGCUUAAGGUAUCUUAUAAAGCUGGAAAUCCGGGAGUGUUCAUGGAAGGCACAACUCAUGCAAGGGAGUGGAUCAGCGCUGCUUCGAUUACCUGGAUGCUGAACCAGUUGCUGACUUCCCAAGAUGAGAACAUUCGACGAGUUGCUGAAAACUACGACUGGUACUUCUUCCCUGUUACUAACCCAGACGGUUACGUUUACACCCACACUACUAACCGUCUGUGGCGCAAGACUCGGAAACCAUACACAGAGGUGUGCUAUGGAGCUGAUCCGAACAGGAAUUGGGGAGCUUAUUUUAAACAGGGUGGCUCCUCAUCUGAUCCUUGCACCGAUACCUUCGCUGGACCUUACGCAUUUUCCGAGGUGGAAACCAAGAGUGUCUCCGACUACUUCACAUCGAUUCAAGCCUCGAUCAGCACCUAUUUGGCAUUCCAUUCCUCUGGACAGCUGCUGAUGAUUCCUUAUGGUUAUACAACCGAGAAGUUAGACAACUAUGAAGAAAUGAUGGAAGUUGGUAGAAAGGCCAUCGAGAAACUUAAGGAACGUUACGGCACCGAGUACCGAAUUGGAAACGUUGCUGAAGCCAUUUAUGUAGCGUCCGGUGGAAGUAUCGAUUGGGUCAAAAGUACUUACGACAUUCCGAUUGUGUUCGUGUACGAGCUACGAGAUACUGGGGCCCAUGGAUUUUUGCUGCCUCCGGAACAGAUUAUUCCGACGGCCGAGGAAACUCUGGACUCGGUCAUCGUUAUCUUGGACGAAGGUGAGAAGCGUGGAUUGCACAAUCGUCAAUCAGUGCGGGAUGGCCGCAAGCCAAUCGACUCUGGUGUGGCUGAUUGAGUGGUUAAAUAUUUUUCAUCGAUGACUUAUCGUUUUGGUGCCCUAAAUAUUUGCAAUAAAGCUUGGUAAUUGUUUCUCACGGGUCAGAGGUAAU